AUGUUCUUUCGUCCUAAGACCUAUUCUGCUCGUUAUCCACAAUGGAUGGUCGGGAGGCCUUUACUCUAUAUGUCAUCCGCCCUUGCAUCUCUCGGGGACGCCAUGUUUGGCUAUGGCCAAGGAAGUAUCGCAGCGGCUCAGGUUCAGCCUUCUUUUAUCCAUCGAAUGUUUGGCAAGGAAGUUACUAUGGCGCAAAUCCAAGCCGGCCAGACCGGCGUGGAUCCUUUCAUACAAGCCAUAACCGUUGCUUGCCUAAACCUAACAGCGCUGCUGGCUUCAUUCAUUGCUGCCUACCUCUGUGACCUUCUUGGCAGGCGGAUGUCUGUCCGUAUUGGAGGUGUCAUGUAUUUCAUUGCCGCUCUCAUUCAGGUCUUUGCUCCAAAUCUCGGCACCCUUAUCGCUGGCCGAUGUGUCCAGGGUUUAGGUGUCGGCAUACUCUCCAUGACUGUCCCAAUUUUGCAGUGCGAAAUCGCCCCUGCUCAUGCCCGCGGUUUGUUUGUCAGUAUCGAAUAUAUCUGCCUCAAUAUCGGUUACGCUGUUUCCGCUUGGGUCGGAUAUGGCUUCUUCUUCGCCAUGCCUUCCGAGAUCUCAUGGCGUGGCCCAUACAUCGUACAGGCUGCUAUUGCACUUGUUCUCAUCUUCUGGACGUUUUUCCUUCCCGAAACACCCCGCUGGCUGGCCCAGAAUGGCUUCCAGAAGGAGGCUUUGAUAACUCUCGCAGACUUGCACGGCGCUGGAAAUGUCUCAGACCCCAAAAUUCUGGCUACCUACGCUGAGAUUGUCGCCGCUGUUGAGUUCGAAGCACACAUGGGUCAAGCUUCCUGGCGUCAACUCUUCACGCAAUACACUCGUCGAUGCGUCGUCGGCAUCACCUGCCAGAUGUUUGCUCAGCUCAACGGGAUCAAUGCCAUCUUGUAUUUCUUACCAUCCAACCUCACUCGUGCUGGCUUCACAAUUUCCCGCUCCCUGCUCUACUCCGGUGCUUGUGCUCUGGUCUACUGUUCCGGAACCAUCCCUGCAAUGUUUUUGAUCGACAAAUUUGGACGCCGGGCGUUCUUGCUUUUUGGAAGUCUCGCGCUGGCCGCAUCCCUUUCUAUUGUCGGUGGUCUCCAAUACUACGCAGACAGUCUUCCUCUGGGAUCUGCCCGAGUUUCUGCCGCUGACGCUAUCUUCUUUGGUGUUUGUCUAUACUUAUUCUUCUUCGGUGCCACCUGGGGCCCCGGCCCCUGGCUCCUCGGUGCUGAAAUCUUUCCUCUCCGUGCUCGCGCCAAGGGCAUGUCUCUCAGCACGGGCACCAACUGGCUUUUCAACUUCAUUAUCGCCUUCAUCACUCCCCCGCUUUUCAACGCUAUCAAUGCAGGCUACUAUUUCGUCCUCGUCGGCUUUUGUAUCAUCUCUCUUGUCGUCGUCUGGUUCAUCUAUCCUGAAACUGCCCACCAUACCCUGGAAGACCUUGGCGAGGUAUUCGGCGACAAGGUCAUGGACGAUGAAGGUCCUGCACGCGAGCAGGCUGAGAGGAGUGCGAACGCGAUCCAACGAGAACGCUCGGGUUUACCUCUCAUCACCGAUUCAGAGAUCACUCUUCAACCUCGCAUGUCCACUACACCACCAGCCAAGGACGAAGCUUCAAUUGUCGUGAAGGAAAGGUCUUCCGUUGUUACGAUCGCGUCUGACGCUUAG